GCUAUGACAUCUCGCAGGUGGUUCCACCCCAACAUCACCGGAAUCGAGGCAGAGCAGCUCCUGUUGACCCGGGGAGUCCACGGCAGUUUCUUGGCCCGACCGAGCAAAAGCAAUCCUGGGGAUUUUACCCUCUCCGUCAGACGUAACAAUGAGGUGACCCACAUUAAAAUCCAGAACUCUGGAGACUACUAUGACCUGUACGGAGGUGAGAAGUUCGCCACGCUAGCCGAGCUGGUGCAGUAUUACACCGAACAACAGGAUCUCCUGCGUGAGAGGAACGGCCAUGUCAUCGAGCUCAAGUAUCCGCUCAACUGCAAAGACCCAACCUCCGAGAGGUGGUACCACGGGCAUCUCUCAGGAAAAGACGCAGAAAAACUGUUGACAGAAAAAGGCAAAGCUGGCAGCUUUCUGGUACGGGAGAGCCAGAGUCAACCGGGAGACUUCGUCCUCUCGGUUCUUACGAAUGAAGAAAAACAUGACAGUGCGGACCGCAAGACCAAGGUCACCCACGUUAUGAUUCGCUGCCAGAAGGAUGGCAAGUAUGAUGUGGGCGGUGGUGAGCGGUUUGACACCCUGGCUGACCUGGUGGACCACUACAAGAAGAACCCCAUGGUGGAGAAAAGUGGCAUCGUAGUGCACCUCAAACAGCCUUUUAACGCCACGAGGAUAAAUGCUGCCAACAUUGAAAACCGAGUACGAGAACUCAACAAAGUCGCAGACAACUCUGAGAAGCCCAAACAAGGAUUCUGGGAAGAAUUUGAGGUACUUCAACAGCAAGAGUGCAAACUGUUGUAUCCCAGGAAAGAAGGCCAGAAGCCAGAAAACAAGAGUAAAAACAGAUACAAGAAUAUCCUCCCCUUUGACACAACGCGAGUUGUAAUCAAAGAAACCGAUCCAGAAGCUCCUGGUUCAGAUUACAUCAACGCCAACUAUAUCAUAAGUACGCAUGAAGAUGGACGGCACGUAGAGGAGAGCAAAGUGUUCAUCGCCACCCAAGGGUGCCUACAGAACACGGUGGCAGACUUCUGGAAGAUGGUGUAUCAGGAGAACGCACACGUCAUCGUCAUGACCACAAAGGAGAUGGAGCGAGGAAGGAAUAAAUGUGUUCGUUACUGGCCAGACCUCCACUCCACUAAAGAGUUUGAAAAGUUGCUGGUGAGGAAUGUGGAAGAGCGCCCUGCUCAGGACUACAUCCUGAGGAAGCUGGAGGUCACACGUCUGGACCGGAGAGAGCCUCUGAGGUACAUCUGGCACUAUCAGUACCUGAGCUGGCCGGACCACGGGGUGCCUAAUGAGCCCGGUGGGGUCCUCUGGUUCCUGGAGGAGGUCAACCGCACACAGAGCACCAUUAAAGAUACCGGACCCAUUGUUGUGCACUGCAGUGCAGGCAUCGGCAGAACCGGUACCAUCAUCGUCAUCGACAUUCUCAUCGACGUCAUCAGCAGACAAGGUCUGGACUGUGACAUCGACAUCCCAAAGACCAUCCAGAUGGUACGGCAGCAGAGAUCGGGCAUGGUCCAAACAGAGGCCCAGUAUAAGUUCAUCUACAUGGCGGUGCAGCAGUACAUAGACACGGCCCAGAAGAGACUGGAGGAGGAGCAGAGGAAUAAAAUGAAGGAGAGAGAAUAUUCCAACAUCAAAUAUCCCCAGAUGACCAACUCGAGGUCCAAACACAGCGUGGCCUCCUCACGGUCCUCUUCUGUAAUGACAAACGAUGAUUCUUCAAGUGUUUAUGAGAAUAUAAACUUUAAAACUCCUCAGACGUCUUUUAGCAGCAACACCAGGAGGUAAAAGUGUCACUGUGGACGUCUGCCUCGCUCUUCUCUGCCUCGCUCUUUCAGCAGAGGUGCAUGUGAAACUCCCUUUGAGGGAUGGGGGGAGUGUGGAGCUCUGAACUACACUCCACGUCAGUGGACCCCAGCUUGGCCCGAAGGUGGUGAACUGCCCCCCCUCCUCC